GUAUGAUAGUGGGACUUCAGCUGUCCGGGAGUUUCGCGUAUGACGGCUCUGGAUACUGGCCAUACACUGAUGAUGAAGAUGUGCGAUACACAGGUGAACACACGCAAGGACAUACUACAUUAAAUGCACAUAUUGAUCUCAAAAACCCAUUACACAGAACUUAAACCCAUCUUCUCUCAGUAAAGCACUCUUACCACAUCAUAACACAUGAGCGCUGCUGUCAGAACACAUUCAUUUUCAACACAGAGUACACUACAUCUCUGACUGCCUGCUUAGGCCUCAGGCCUCUGAUUGCUUCCUCUUCUUCUGUGGCUGUGCUACUUUAUCUGUGUUCAUGUUUCUCCAUGCAUGUCUGGAUGAUGCAAGUUAUCAAGGCGUUCCAUGGUGUGCUCCAGUGAAAAUCAAACAUGGGCACGUCAGCUGCCAGACACCUCGCGGAGAACGUUAUAAGAAUGUUCUGGGAACUCGCUGCAAGAUCCGCUGUAAGACGGGCUACGAGAUGCACGGCAGCAGCGAGAUCCUCUGUAUGGCCAGCAAACAGUGGUCAGGAAACUAUGCUUGCAGAGAGGUCCGCUGCCCUAAACUGGCCAUGCCAUCUAACGGAGGUUAUAAGUGUUCAGACGGAUCGUACUUCAAUUCCCGCUGCCAGUUUUUUUGCUCACCAGGAUACACGCUUCGAGGAGACCACAGCGCCACCUGCCAAAGCAGCAGAACAUGGAGCGGCGGCAACAGUGUGUGCGUGGAUGUGGAUCCCCCAGUUAUUAAGUGUCCUAAUAUAAAGGAGAAGACCGCUGAACCAGGAAAACUCACUGCCAAAGUGACUUGGGACACACCAGAGGGCAAAGACACAGCAGACGGCAUCCUGACAGAUGUUAUACUUGAAGGAAAGCCAUCAGGCUCACACUUUCCAGAAGGGAAUCAUAAAUUAUCAUACACUGUGUUUGACCGUGCUGAGAACAAGGCGACCUGCAGGUUCAAUGUUCGAGUGAGAGUGCGUCGCUGUACUCCUCUCUCUGUCCCUGACAACGGCUGGAUGAAAUGUGACAGUGCUGGUGAUAAUUACGGGGCCACGUGUGAAUUCCGCUGUCUGGGCGGCUACGAGCUCAGGGGCAGCGCUGCCAGAGUCUGCCAGUUUAACAUGGAGUGGUCUGGCCUGGAGACUUCCUGUGCUCCCAUGAAUAUUAAUGUUGGUGUGCGAUCUGCUGCUGCAUUACUGGACCAGUUCUAUGAGAAACGCCGCGUUCUGAUCAUCUCUGCCCCCUCAGCUGCCAAUCACUACUACAGAUUCCAGAUGACCAAUUUACAGCAUGCCCAGUGUGGUCUGGACUUGAGACAUGUGACUGUGAUUGAGUUGGUGGGUGUUUAUCCAGCUCAGAUCGGCCGCAUCAGACACAGACUCAUCCCUCCAGGACUGGCUCUACAACUCAGGUUGCUGCUGCAGCUGUCUCAAAACUCAUUUAGCAUGGUGCUGCUGGACAAACAGGGAGUGGAUAAGCAGCGCUACACUUUCCCCAUCACAGCAGCAGAGAUCUUUACCACCACUGACACGUUUCCCCUCCGCACUGAGGAGGCCAUACUACAGAAAGAGGCUGGACAGAGCUGCUAGAUGUAUAUACAGUACACACAUUUACACAUCUGUUAUAAAGCUACCAACCAAACUACAAGAGAGAGUCUGGAUAGAGCUGCUACAUCUUAUCACAUACUGAAAACAUACAUACAUGCACACACAUCUCUAAAUAUGAGUCUCUGUUUGUCUUUUUUAUGAUGCUCUAUAUUUUAUUUGUCUGGUGUUUCUAUUUAUGUCAGAGUGGACGGUCUACUUUUCUUAAGAAAUACUGUCAAAGCGAUAUUAAUGCAAUAAAGGCCUGUUUGAUGAUUGACAUUUGAGAGCAUGGGACUCAGCUUUCUUAAAAUGCCAGUCAUGUUUAUCUUGGUUCCGUGGUUUAUUA